AUGAUCACACGUUUCGUUCGGUCCGUUCUGCUUGUGUCCAUAAUUCAGGUUACAAAUUGUGUUUGUAAACCCCAAUUUACCGGCGAGACCUGUUCAGAACUGGCAGAUGCAUGCAAAAAACGCAUUCAACAUCCGCACUUACCUAACGGUGGUUUACUUGCCAGUGGUAAUACGGCAUGUAAUGUGAAUUACGAGGGUAAUUCGUGCCAAUCGUUCAUCACGGCCGAAGGUGAUUUGUACUAUCGUUGUCGAUGCAAUCGUCACACGUGGAUACCCAAUCCCCAAUUACGUUAUGACAAUUGUUUGAAACGACGAACCAUGUGCGAUUCGGUGAUUUGUGUUUACGGUAAAUGUGUGACCACUGUUCGCGGUUUUCAGCCGAAUUGUAUCUGUGCCCCGGGCUAUGCGGGCAAAGCAUGCACUGAAUGGGUCGGCGAAUGGACAGAAUGGUCCCCAUGGGAUCUAUGUCGUCCACUCUGUGGCGAUGUCCGUAUGACUGUACGUUCACGUGACUGUCUGUCCAUGCGUGAAGAUGCUCCGGUGAAAAAAGAGUGCCGCGGAGCGGCGAUCGAAUAUGCGCGUUGCGCGGAACAUCCGUGCGCACGCACAGAAGGUACUUAUGUCUCCAGCUAUUUUGCUAUUCGGCAGAAUGCAAUCGCGGCCACUGUGUCCACGGCUGCGAUUGCCUGUGCCACAAUUUCCACAAUUUGGAUCAUAUUCUGCUGGAGCAAUUUGAGCCAAACUGUGCGUAUUUUCAUUCUCGGAUUCCAAGCACGUUUACGUCAAUGA